AUGGUGACGGGGUGGGAGCGUUGGGAAGCAGCAGCGCUCCCAGAUUCCCAUCGCUGCCUUGUCUCUUUCCAGCUUUUGAGCCGGCACCGGGCAUGGGCGCUGGCAUGUGGGGCGCAGAAAUACUGGACCGUGGAAGGGGACUGUGCCCCCUGUGUGGAGUGUCCCCCCGGAGAGGAGCCGGAUAGGAAGUGCGGCUCUGGGCAAGGCCUAGGCGUGACCUGUCGAGCCUGCUCUCCGGGCACCUUCUCGGCCAGCCACGGCACAGCACCCUGCUUGCCUCAGACCACCUGUGAGGCCAGGAAGAGGGUCCACGCCAGCCCUGGGACAGCCACAGCAGACAGCCGGUGUGGAGGCUGCAUGCCAGGGUUUUACAGCCCUGAAGGAGAGACGGACUCAACAGCUGAAUGCCUGCCAUGCUCUUCUGCUCCCAAAGGCGUGCCGGGCUGCCCAGGCGCGAAGCAGUGGCUGACCCGGCUGGCGAGGAACGUCGAGGCCCUGCACAGACGGGACGAGAGGGCGGCAUCCAACGGCACGCGGGACGGGAAGCGGGAGGAACACACCACUCAGUACGCCGUGCUGGCCAUCGUGCCGGUCUUCUGCGUCAUGGGGCUGCUGGGCAUCCUCUUCUGCAACCUCCUGAAGAAGAAGGGCUACCACUGCACGGCCCACAAGGAGAGCGACGAGGACGUGGCAAAGGCAGAGAGAGGCGGUAAUUCAGCCUACAGAAUAGAAGAUGCCAACCAAGAUACUAUCGGGGUCCUUGUGCAGCUGAUCACAGAGAAGAAAGAGAACGCUGCAGCCCUGGAGGAGCUGCUGAAGGAGUACCACAGCAAACAGGUGGUGCAGACCAGCCACAAGCCUGCAGCCAGGCUGCACUUCCUACCGCACAUCCCCCACAUCUGCCGGCACCAACACCACCUGCACACGGUGCAGGGCCUGGCCACUCGCUCGGGCCCCAGCUGCACCCGCUGCUGCCAGAAGAAGUGGCCGGAGGUGCUGCUCUCUCCGGAAGCCGCCGCCACUGCCGCGGCCGCCACCAUCCCCGUUCCCGCCAGCGUCGCCCCCAAGCCGGCAAAGCCGGGCGGCAAAGCCAGCCGGCCAGGAGAGAUCACCAUCCUCUCCGUGGGCAGGUUCCGAGUGGCUCGCAUCCCCGAGCAGAAGCCCAGCCCUCCAGAAGUGAAAACCAUCUUGGAGUGCAGUGGGACUGAGCCGGCCGACUCCCCCCGCAGCGGCCUCCCUGCAGAGCAGAAAUCGCUGGGGGGCAACGGAGCCAGGUCGAAAUGGCUGAAAACGGCCGACAGCCAACAAGAGGUGAUCAUCUGACUCCCUCACGCACCAGGAGACCUGAGAAGCGGCUCACUUGGAGGCUUCUGGUUCAACAGUCCACCCAAGAAACGCACACCCUGGGCGAUGCUGAAGGCGAAGAGUGACACUCAUUUUCCCCUCGGGAGAGCACCACCACCCUGGAGAAUCGCAAGGCGCAGCCCCGGAUACCAGGGCCCGGGCCGGCAGGGAGGAGCUGAAGGACAUGCCCAGCAUCUCAAAGCAUUUUUCUUUUAGGGAAGGACUUGCGGGGAGGGGAAGGGGGCGCGGAGGGCUCGGGUGCUGGAACAAUUCGUAUAGUGGGGGUGUGAGAGCCACUGAACCAAACUGUAAACCCCACUUGAAGCCAGCAGGUGCGGCAGCCCCCCUAGUUCCAGGACCUAUGGGAGGGAUGGGGGAUUCUUUGCCGCCCAACUGGAAAAACUAUGCUGCCUUCUUUAGAUCAUGGGGGCUGUUGCUCCAGCAAAGGGCAGUGUUCUUAAACUAGGGGCUGGGGCAGAGAGAGAGGCAGCUUGUUGUUGGCCUGGAGCAUGUUCCUACCUCCCAUGGGCUCCAGGAUGAGUGGGAACGUAGCAUUGCAACGUACCAGGCUGGGGUUGGCGGCUAGUGGUAGGGAUGGCGAGUUUGGCUUUCUCUUUCCCCUUCAUGAACAAAGAGAAACCCAGGUGACUUGCAGUGAAACUCUCUGGCUGUAGACAGCCCAGCCGCAUGUUACCAAAGCUCUGUCUACUUUCACGUCCCAAUGGUGAUUGCAUUAGUCCAGUAAGGGCACAGCUCUCGCAGCGUGAUUUUUAUCAUGUCUCGCCGCAUCUGGUGUUUUUUCUUAAAGCCCCAGCUCCUGGGUCCAUGUGAUUAGAGGACACACUCAGCUUUCAUUAAUCCCCCUUGCUCGCCACGCCCUAAAUUUCUAGCUCGCAUGGUUGCGGAGAAAAGCUUGAACAUGUGACCCCAAUGGCUCAGAAACCAGAAACAAAAUAAAAUGAACCAAAAUUUUAGGCUCCCCCUCUCCCCCCCAAAAAUCAUAAUUUUUAAACCCCUCUUGUGAUUUUUGAAUGUGUGUAGUUGGCCAUGGUGCUCCCAUCUCCCCCUAAGAGGGCUAGUGGAGUGUAGUAGCUAAUGGAGCUUUAAAGAGACGCACAAAAGUUGCAGGGGAGGAAUUUCCUCAAGGCACAUUUCCUCUGUCGUUCCUGCCUGGGAGGGAAGCAGGGACCAUGCUCCAUUGAGCUGAGCAGUGCCAACCCUGCCUCAGACAGACCGACUUUAUUUCUGUUUGUGGGCAGCGGCCAGGGGGCGGCUUUUCAAGCAGGAAGCUGCAUUUACUGGUUCAGAAGCUCAGGGACUCUCUGCUUGGUGUUUAAUUUUGGAUCUUUGGCUUUAGCGGGAAGAGCUGUGCGGCUGGGUUGUGACAGGAUGGUCCGUGUCUGGGGCCGGGUUCUGCCUGCUGCCCAGCGCUAAGGGGCUGCCCCAGCUUACUCGAGUCAGUGGCUGACUUUGUGUUUGCUGCAGUGGUGGAAGCUGAUUCGGGACCCAACCAGGUCUCCGCUCUGGAUGCUAACACUGCACAUGAGGCUGUGGGGAAUUCCUCCCCCUCCCCUUCAAACUCUCAGCUCAGGGUUACUUUCCAGUUUCUCAGUGAAGGAUUUUUCUUAGAGCCUUGUCCGCGGCAGAGGAGAGCAGCGGCUCUGUCAGUUGAGGACAAUGUUCUGCUGGGGGCAGUUACCCCUCUAAAGAAGGGAAAUUGUUGCUGUUAAGAACGACUUACCUUUUUUUUUUUUUUUUUUUAAAUCCGGGAACAGAGAGAGCGGGGCUUUUGGGCUACCCCCUGGCAUCCAUGAAAGUGCUGGCCAUUCUGCCUACGCCGCCCUAGGGCAAUCCACCGCCCCCUUUAGAAAAAGGGAUGGGUGAGUUUUCCCAGCCAGCCCUUUAGUGGCAUCCAUCCUUUCCCACUGGAUGAGGAUUUCACCCACUUGUUCUGAUGGCCUGGGGGCUACAGGCGGUCAGAUUAAUGAGCCUGUCGGCUUUAGCACCUGUGAAGCCUCUUGACUAUCCUCAGGGCUCCCUGCCCAAGGGGCCUCCUGGCCAGAGAACCCUGGGGCUGACCCUACUUGCUCUGUUCUCACAUGGCAAUGGCUCCGCAGGUCGGAGAGGGCAUCAUGCAGGAUCUGCCAGGGGGCUGCUACCGUUUCACUCCAGCUCACUUAGAUCCCAUUCAGAGCUCUCCUCUAUGACCGGGCAUUAUUGCAGGGCCCAUCCUGUGAGCAAUGACUAAUGCUUGGGGGCGCUUACCCAGCAAACCCGCCCUGGGACCACAAACUCCAACAGCAUCUUCCAGUCCUGGCCCUGAGAACACUGCAGCAUCGCGGCCGGGCGUGCGGCACGUUGGCCCAUCACUCUAGCGUACUGCAGUGUUGCAUUAACAAGACCGCCCCAUAAUUCUCAGUAGGUCAAAAACUCCAGGACUGAGACCUUCAGAAACAAGGCCGGGGGAGCCCCUCUGGCUUUUCAGUGAUAAUAGAUCAGGUAACCAAGGCCCAUGAGCCGCCUCCUCUCGGGUGGGGGGAAGCUUAGGUAUGCAUGUUGCAGCGCUACCGUCAUGUGCUAGACAUGGUGCAAGAUCUGGGGCCAGCAUCUCUGUCCAAGCCCAGCAUGCGGCUCCUGGGCUGGCAUCCCUCACCCCAGCCCUCCUAGGGUGUUAUCCCAUUGUUUACAGUAGGGUUAAUUCUACUAUGUAUUGUCCGUCACUCAGUUGUGUUGUCCAUUGUUCUGUUUUGUACCUCACGUGCUCUGUUAUUUAUGAGGGCGGUGCGGGGAUCUGCUUUUUAACCACGUUUGUACAGGCCUCCCCUGCGGCUGGCGGCGUCCCCGGCUUGGCCCGUGCCUUUUAUUUAUUGAAGACGAUAUUGUUUUUAAAGCCAUCGUUUGUUUUUAGCCUCCUGGUUUAUUUGUGUAAGUCGAUAACUAACUAAAUAAACCCAAUGUCAAGUGAA